ACCUUUCUCAACAACCUCCCGAGCUCUUCCUCUCUCUUCCAAGCCCCCAACCGACCUUACCCCCCCAACACUCCCGCCUACACGGAAUCGACACCCCGCACCCAUCCCACCCCUCACCUCGACGAUGGCAGCUUCGGCGGGCUCGUAUUCGAAUCCGUUAAAGAAGUUCAAGUAGCUUUUCCCCGUCAGUGGUUUCGUUCGCCCUUGCAGUUCGCUAAUGUUCGAGUCCUCGCGAAUAGGUUGGUUUUUCUGGGAGAACAGAGCGGUAAUUUUACUCCCGCAUCGCGACGAGGGGGGGGGGACGAGGAGAGGAGAGGAGAGGAGAGGGACUAAUUUGCUCACGUGAGAGUGCAAUAUAGUUGGCAAAACAUCACUGAUAACCAGGUUCAUGUAUGACUCUUUCGAUAACAUGUACCAGGCCACCAUUGGGAUUGAUUUUCUGUCGAAGGUAAUCCCUCCGGAUCCUAUCAUCGCUGCGCUCUUCAUCGGUCACUUUGUGCGGAUCAGCUAACAUGGACCGUGCACUAGACGAUGUACCUUGAAGACCGGACCGUCCGCCUCCAGCUCUGGGAUACCGCUGGUCAAGAACGUUUUCGUUCUCUGAUCCCCUCGUACAUCCGUGACUCCAGUGUCGCGGUAGUGGUCUACGAUAUCACCAGUAUUAUCCUCCUCCGACCAUACUUACUGCUCUCGAGACUAAUAUGGGGGGGGCAGACCGCACAUCCUUCCAGAACACCACCAAAUGGGUCGAUGAUGUUCGUGGUGAACGUGGAAAUGAUGUAAUAAUAGUGCUUGUGGGAAACAAGACAGAUCUCAACGAUAAGCGACAGGUUACUACCGAGGAGGGCGAGAAAAGGGCCAAGGAGUUCAAGGUUAUGUUCAUCGAGACGAGCGCCAAGGCUGGGCAUAAUGUCAAGACGUUAUUCAAGAGAAUCGCACAGGCAUUGCCAGGGAUGGAGGGAUCAUUGAACGAGCCUAAUUCCGAGAGUAUAUCUCUCUAUCGUCGGGAUUUGGUGGGGAAUGGGAGCUAAUGGGUGCAACUAUAUAGUGAUCAAUGUCGAUAUCGACCGGAACGAUAACACGCAAACGGACGGUUCCUGUUCUUGUUGAUUCAAAUACCUUAUAAACGGCUUGGGGCUUUUCGUCAGUGUAAGAUGGGAUUACAAAGUAAUUUUUGUUUGUCUCUAGUUGGUCAGCUUUUUUUUUCCAACUUUUUUUUCUUUUUUUUUCCUUUUCCUUCCUACUUUAUCAAAAAGACCGUAUAUCAUGGAUUUCCACUCGCCCCACUUUGAUUGUUACGAUAGUCUAAGCGGUACAUGAAGCUAUGGACUUUUGUGGCAUGGCAAUAGUUUAUUGACAGGCCCUCCGGCUUUCUUUGGGGUGAGGAGAACAAGUGUGAUAUGAGUGAUGCCGAGUGAAGCAUAUUAAAAAUAUCCCGAACUCCUGGGUAGGGACGACAAUAGAGUGAGGAGGUGUAGCUGCGCAGCAAAUAUCUAAGUCACCAAGUGUGAUGCGACAAAGUCCUGCUCAUCGUAUUAGACGUUGUUCCCGGUUAGAGAAGGGAGAGGAGAGGCAAAGAAAAGAGGUAAACCACCGGAUACUCAUUCUGCAGCAUACUGGUGAUAUUCUCCACCUCCAAGGCCAGAGCGGCAACGUUCUCGUCCCACUUCCUAAUCUGUUUGCCAGCUACCACGCCUCCGACCCCGCCACUGCCGCCACUUUCGAAGUAAAUCAACCCAUCGAUCUGGUCUAUCUGGCCAUUCAUGCGCUUCUGCUCAAUCAUCCUUGCAGCGUACUCCUCCGCCUUCUCACCAGAUAGACCGAGAAGCACGCCAAGCUCCUCCACGCCAAUGUUAUUGUAAAGCCUCGAGGCAGCGAGCAGAUUAUGUUCAAUAACGGCCUUGGAAAGUACUGUGGUCCCAUCGCUUUGCAAAGCUUUCUGAUGAGGGCGCAAACGCGCUGCGAACUCCUCCACCUCCUUGGCGGAGAGUAAGCGAUCGAGGUACAUCUUCUCCAGGAGCGCAUAGUCGCUAUGCAGCUGCGGGGCGCGCUCAUCCUUGUAUAGCGUUGCCAAACUCCUACUGCGCAAGGGCCCGGCAGGUGCUAAAAUCGCACAGGUCAUGGCGGCGCUCAAGCACUGCAACUUAUCUGCCUCUGCAACAAGGUUUGAGAACGAGAGGAAAUGGUACUUCGAGCACGCGUUCAAGAACUGUCGCUUGGCGUCGAGUAUGCGAGCCUGGCACAUGGCGAAGUUCAAGUUGAGGCUGGCGUCAGUACUCUUGUGUAUGAUGAGGGUGGCACGGUUGAGCCAACUGUCGGCGGAUAUGCUCUCGUCAUCCUCCAGCAGGUUACGCAUUAUCCGGAUAUACACUUCCAGUCUGAAUUCGUCCGUGAUUUGCCGCUGGUGUGGAUCCAACUGGAUCCCCUCCAGCACUCGCGCUGCCUGAGCAUUGUCCUCCGAGGCUUCGUGCAGAGUUGCGAGGGCCAGGCGGAUGGUGCAGUCUGCUUGCUCGAAGGAGACGAUCUUCGGUGAGAUCUUGUCCAGCGUGUAUGUGUAGAGAGAUUUUUGCAGCUCCGGGGCGAGGGACGGUAGUGUUUGGAGGUAUUCGGUUAGGACUGGACGGCUGGUAACUAUGCCUACAUUGUCGCUGAGGAUCGUGUCCACGAAAGCUUUCAGGUUCGCCUCCAAGUUGGUUGCUGGAGAGUUUGUGAGGAUUGGCUGGAGGAGGGCGAUGAAGGAGUGGGAUUUGUCGCCCUGUGAGACCGAGGAGGUUUCGAUAGAGGUUAGCUGGGAGAGAACCUCAGGGGAUGCCAUGAUUGCCGGCCUUUCUUUCUCCAGUCCUUUCUUAUCUAAUAGGUUGUGAGGGAGUUUUUAGUAGCCGUGGCUUGAAGGUCGUGGGAAUGAUAGAGGGGGGAUUGAGUCGAACUGAGGAAGCUUGAUGAACCUUAAGGUAUCAUACGGGUGUCGGAUGAGAAACUAGGGAUGGUGGGGGGGGAACAGAUGUUGUGCUUAGUCUACUC